AUGGCUCUUGAGAGAAUCGGCUCCAUUGUGAAGCACCUGGCCCCAGGUAGCGCCAUCAACCAAAUCCAAGCCAAGAACCCCGAUGACAUCGUCAUCACAUUAGCCAUCCGCACGCCUCUGACCAAGGCCAAGAAGGGCGGCUUCAAGGACACGACACUCGAGUACAUGAUCUACGCCCUUCUCAAGGAGGUCCGCGAGCGAUCCAAGAUCGACCCCGCCUUGGUUGAGGAUAUCUGCAUGGGCAAUGUGCGUACCGGCGUGCCACGCGCGGCCUUCCCCCCCUCCAAGAUGCACACUGUGACAGUCUCGGAUGGCAAGGCCGCCUACAAGCUCCGCGCCUCGGCCCUCGCCGCGGGCUUCCCCAACACGGCCGGCGCCUCCUCGGUGAACCGCUUCUGCUCCUCAGGCCUCAAGGCCACGGCCGACAUCGCGCACGCCAUCAGCAACGGCUCCAUCGAGGUCGGCAUCGCGCUCGGCGCCGAGCAGAUGACUGUCGGCGGCGACGCCCUCGACAAGCCCUUUGACGAGACCGUCACGGCGCAGAGCCAGGAGGCUGCCGACUGCAUGCAGCCCAUGGGCUGGACCUCGGAGAACGUCUCGCGCGACUUCAACCUUAGCCGCGAGGAGCUUGACAAGUACGCGGCGGAGAGCUUCCAGAGGGCCGAGAGGGCGCAGAACGCCGGCUGGUUCGACGACGAGAUCGUCCCGAUCAAGACCAAGCUCGUCGGCCCGGACGGCGAGGUCAAGGAGGUCACGCUCACCCGGGACGAGGGCAUCCGGCCGGGGACCACGCCCGAGAGCCUGGCCAAGAUCCGCGCCGCGUUCCCGCAGUGGGGUCCCACCACCACGGGAGGCAACGCCAGUCAGGUCACUGACGGAGCCGCCGCCAUCCUCCUCAUGAAGCGCUCGACAGCCAUCAAGAUCGGCCAGCCGAUCCUGGCCAAGUACGUCGGCUCCACCGUCGCCGGCCUGGCCCCGCGCAUCAUGGGCAUCGGCCCGUCCAUCGCCAUCCCCAAGCUGCUCGCCCAGUACAACCUCUCGCUCGCCGACAUCGACGUUGUCGAGCUCAACGAGGCCUUCUCCAGCAUGGCCGUCUACUGCCGCGACAAGCUCGCCCUCGACUGGGCCAAGAUGAACCCCCGCGGCGGUGCGGUCGCCCUUGGCCACCCACUCGGCGCCACCGGCGCGCGGCAAAUUGUCACGGGCCUGAGCGAGCUGCGCCGCACCAAGAAGAAGGUUCUGCUCACGAGCAUGUGCAUUGGUACGGGGCAGGGCAUGGCCGGCUUGUUCGUCAACGAGGUUCUGUAA